AUGUUGCGCGCCCUUGCCAUACUACUGUUGAGCACGGCGCCUGCGCUGGCCUGGGAGGUCAGACAGGGCCGGAUUUGCGAGUUGGUCCACGAUGGCGAGGACGCUUCGGUGCGUGUUACCUACGACCCCGCGCUCCCCGAAUACGCCAUCGCGAUCACGCCGAAGCGGCCCUGGCAGCAGGGCUCGAUCUUUGCGAUGCGUUUUGACGGGCCGCGCGGCAACACAAUCUCGACCGACCGGCACGCACUCUCGGGUGGCGGAGCAACCCUGACCGUCACGGAUCGCGGCUUCGGCAAUGUUCUGAACGGGCUCGAAUUCAACCACACCGCCACGGCACUUCUUGGCGAGCGGACAGUUGUCGUUCCACUCGACGGUGCUGCUCCGGCCGUCCGCGAAUUUCGCGCCUGUGCCUCUGGCCUGAACGUCUGA